UGUCCUAAGGUGUUAUACCAAUGGAAAAAAUCUUCCAUUUUCACCUUUUGAUAUCAAUUAUUUUCUCUAUUCUAUUUGUUGUGUUGGGCAAUGCAAAAUCUCUUUCACCACUCAACUCCACAUACAUUAUGCAAGCUAGAAAGAGAUUUAUGUCUCUUGAUUCAACUAAGCUUCCAGACCCUCCAAUGCCAUCCCAUACUUUUACUAUUUACCAUCGCGAUGUAUUUGAAAAAUCAAACUUUUUAGAUUAUGACUCGUUGCUUGAAAGUAGGAUUGCUCGAUGUCAUGCUAGAGCUAGUCAUUUAGCUUCUAUUUUCGAUGAUGGUAGCGAUGGUGUAACGCGAAAUGACAACAAGAAUGAUGCAAAUGCAAGUCUCACAAGGCAACAAGAUGCACAAGGGGGUAAGAUUCGUGAAUUGGUCCCAAAAUCAACGGAUACACACAGCGUACAUGGUGAGUAUGUUGCAUCCUUUUUGAUAGGUAGCCAAUUGAUAAAAAAUUACUUGCUAAUAGACACUGGAAGUGGUUUACUUUGGUGGCAAUGUGGACCAUGUGAGGCCAAUAAUUGCUACAAACAGGAUCAACCUCUAUAUAAUUUUACUACAUCUAGAAUUUCUCGAAAAGUUGAUUGCAUUCGACAUAGUUCAUAUUGCAUAACUGCGGACCCAGCUUUUCAUUGUGAUCGAGAUACUUCUGAAUGUAUCUAUAAUAAGAAAUAUACGGAUGGAUCAGGAACAAAAGGUUUUAUGGCAGAUGACGUGAUUUAUUUUGUUGUAGACCAAAGACCAAUUCGGGUUACGUUUGGAUGUAGCAACGAACAAACUGGUCCUUUUAGUAGUUCCUAUUCAGGGAUUGUUGGCCUUGGGCGUAAAGUAUUUCCACUAGAAAAGGCCGGAUAUUCGUUACCAUCGCAAUUUAGGGCAUACCUAUUUUCGAUGUGUCUGCCAACUUUUCAUUCAGGAAAGGGAUCUACACUGAGUUUCCAUAUAAGCAAGUGGCCAAGAGCAAUAUCAGCAAAAUUGUUACAAAAUUAUAAGUACCCUUCUUUUUAUUUUGUAAAUCUUUAUAAAGUUUUUGUUAAUGAAAGGGAAGUUCCGGUAAAACCCUCGUGGUGGAAUUUCAAACGAGAUAUGAGUGGUGGAAUCUUCGUUGAUACAGGGACAACUUUUACCCGUUUUCCUAAUGAUUUUUAUGUCAUAUUUCGCUACAUAUUUAGAGUUGCAGUAGAAGAUAUCCCUAUGGUUGAAAAUCCAAUCGGACCUUUUGACACUUGCUAUAAAGUGGAUCCAAAUGGCGAGGAACUAUAUUUUCCUGUUGUGAAGUUAUACUUUGGUAGUGUAAGCCGGAGUACAGAGUUGAUUCUGGAACAAGAACGUGUAAUCGUGAAAUAUAAGGGGUUUUAUUGUUUGGCUUUUAUUGGAUGGCAAGAGAACUACUCAAUAUUAGGGGUUAAUCAACUUCAAGGUGUAGGAUUAACUUUUGAUACUUCAGCAAAUACUUUGUCCUUUGACAUUAAUGCAUGUGAUUGA